UUCAUAUAGCGUGAUCGUAAAAGAUGCUCCUUGAUAACGACAGUUAAUCUGUAGUCCCUGAUCAAGGCGGUGACCUCUUUACGCAACCAUUUAUAUAUACCCUUAUUCUCAGAAAUUCGCUGUCUUCGAGAUGGCAAAGUCUGGUGAGAUCCUCAGAGCGGUGGGAAACUUUGGACUCUUUCAGACGCUUAUCGUCUUGGCCCUCAGCUUUCCAAAUCUUUUACUGUCCGUAUCCUUCGCCAGCAUCCUCUUCAUUGACUCUGACCCGGAGCGCCACUGUAACACAGACUGGAUCCUGGGGGCCGGUCCCAACCUGACAGAAGAGGAGCAGCUGAACCUGACCGUUCCCCGGGAGCCAGACGGCUCCCUCAGCCGGUGUCUGAUGUACGCUCCGGUGAACUGGACCCUGGACUCCAUCCGGCAGUAUGGCCUGAACCACACCACCGCCUGCCGGGACGGAUGGGUGUACGACCAGACCCUGUACCAGGCCACCAUAGUCACCGAUUUUGACCUUGUGUGCGACAAGGCCCAUUUGGCUGGGAUCACACAGACAGUCUUCAUGGCUGUUAUUCUGGCCGGUUCCUUCAUAUUCCGACCUGCUUCGGAACCGUUUGGCCGUAAGACGCUAGUACAGAUACCAGCAUUCCUCUUGACGGUGUUCACUGUGGUCUCCGGUCUGUCGUUAAAUCUCUACAUGUACCUGGCAUCACAGUUCAUGGUCGGCAUCUCCAUUGGGGGCUACAGAAUCAAUGCCAGUGUAUUGGGAAAGGAGUGGCUGGGAAUCUCCAAGAGGUCCCUCUUUCCCUGCAUGAACCAGCUGCUGACGUCCAUAGGCCAGUGUGUGGCGGCUGGUCUGAUGUUCGGGGUCUGGAGGAUGCGCUACGUCUUAUCGGGUCCCGUGGCCGUGGUGUUUAUUUACAUAUGGUAGGUCAUGCUUGCUCCAUUGCGGACCGCUCGAUGGACCACUGCAAGAUGAGGUUCCCUGAUCCUUGUUUUAAUUUGAAUAACAAUGCUGUCAUAUGAUUGGACUUAAUGAUAUUUUGUCUUUGUUAUUGUAUAUUUGGUCACCGUUUUUGUGGCAGAUUCAAAGGUAAAAAUGAUAUUCAUUCCGUUUACAGAUGGUUUUAUUUUAUCUAUAUUUCUGUUUUACUCUUCCAGGUAACUAACUUAAUCUGCCUCUUAUAUCAACUAGGUUCAUUCUUGUAACUGCAUGCUGGUUGCUAACCAAAGGAAGACACAGAGAGGCCAGGCAGUGGUUACUGAAAGCUGCUAAGAUCAAUGGGUCGUCCCCGACAAGCUACUGGAAUCUGCAACCAUAGAGAUGGACCAGACCAUAAAAAGAGAAGGAAUCCUGACCCUGUUUAAGUCCCAAUCCUGAUCCUUCUCAUCUCAAUUUCUUGUUUAGUGACUCACUGUGUACAUUGGUACAUCACCUUAUAUGUGAUCUCAAUCAACUAAAGUAUUAAUUAUUUGCGUUGGACUAAAGGUUUUCAACAAACCUGGGCCACUUCAGCCUCUCACUGAACGUGGGGAACUUGGGUCUCAACAUCCUUCUGUUGCAGUCCAGGUUUGGGCUCAGUCAGAUCCCAGCACAGCUUCUCUGCUUCUGCAUGCUGGAGGCGUUUGGAAGGAAAAAGUCCCUAUUGUGCACCACCACCACUAGCAGUUUGGUCUGCUUUGUCACACUUGCCUUCUCUCAAGGUGCAUCCACCCAAAGCAAUCCCUCUGUGUUGUCUACAAAAUGCGACCCCAGCCCUAAAACCUCAUGCCAAACUCACACCCUAACCCCACACCCACAUCUUAAGACCUACCCUCAAACUUAAAAUCGAACCCUAACACCCCUCAAACCCUAAAACCAAACCCCAUCCAAACCCUUUAACACUGCUGUUGCCUCUUGCAUUAGACAGGUCUGUGGUCAUCGCUGUCCUGGCGACCGUCGGCCGUUUCCUCUUCACGUGCUCUAGUUUGGUGUCCAUGGUUUACGGCCAGGAGUUGUUCCCCACAUCAGUCAGGCAGCAGGCCGUUGGUCUGUGCUCCAAGAUGGUCUGAGUGGCGGGCCUGUUGUCUCCGCUGCUAUCGGUGUACCACUACUCCAUACCCAUCGUAGUGUUCAGCAGUCUCACCCUGGUGUGUGGAU